CGAUAACAAAGUGCAAAAAAAGAAAGCUAUUUCUAAAUAAAUGGUAUGUCUAUUAAGCUUGUGCAAGUCAUCUUCUUGUUCCGGAAUUAGGGUUUUCAACAGUUAUUUGGCUCCAAAUCUUCCCCAUUCGCCAAGGUCAAUCAUUGUUCUACCAAGUUGCGAUUUGAACAAUUCCGACAAGAUGUCCUACUUGAAGCAUUUUCUUGGUGAUGGAAUUGAAUUUCCAAUACUGAUUUUACAUUACAAAUUGCAUUUUUCAGAAAUCCUUAGCUACACAGCUUCCAGACAGUUAUCUCAAAUGCUCUUUGCAAUUGUCUUCUUUCACGGUUCUGAAUAUUUGCUAGCAGCUGUCAUUCAUGGGAGAUCAAAUAUAACUCUGAAGUCACUUUUGGUUAGCAGACACUAUGUUCUGGCGAUGAUCUUUUCGGUGCUUGAAUACAUCAUUGAGAUUAUUUUAGUACCGGAGAUGAAGGAACACUGGGUGCUCAGUAAUUUGGGUCUGGCACUGGUUGUGAUUGGGGAAAUUGUAAGGAAGAUGGGAAUUUUGACAGCUUGGAAAGCCUUUACACAUCUUAUAAAGAUAUACCACGACAAUGAUCACAAGCUGAUUACCCAUGGCAUAUAUGGAUAUAUUCGUCAUCCAGGGUACUGUGGGUUCCUCGUUUGGUCUGUUGGCACUCAAAUAAUGCUUUGCAAUCCCAUAUCAACUAUUGCAUUUGCAGCUGUUGUCUGGCGAUUUUUUUCUAAGCGAAUACCUUACGAAGAAUUCUUUUUGAGACAGUUUUUUGGAAGAGAGUAUGAGCAAUAUGCCCGAAGAGUGAGAUCAGGGGUGCCAUUUGUGAAAUGAAGAAUGGUCAAUUCAGUGAGCUGAGCGAUAUUCUGUCACCAUGUAUUCCAAGUAAUGAAGGAAGUUUUAACCAUUUUUCUCUCGAACAGUUUUGAUCCAUGUUUCACAAUGGUGGAGGUGUAAAGUGCUUGCUUUCAGCUUUUGUGGCUAUGGCAACAUCUCCUUUCACUAUAUGCAGCUGUGCUUGUGUGGAGCAUCUGAAAACGAAAGUCAGGAUUGGGGUUAGAUAGUGUUCCAUAUUAGGUUUUUCGUGGUCUGGACUAGAAUUUUGCAUGUUAUUCAUGGGACUUUUUGCUAGCCUACUGAUUUUAUCGCUGGCAAUGAUUAUGACAUUCUCUGGUCAGCAUGUUCUGAUGUGUAAAAUUUAGCUUAGUUACCACUUAACAAGGAUUCUGUUUUUUAGGUAUCUGCAGUCUUGUAAGGUCACUGCAAGGCUAAAAGCUAGAAAAAUAAAUUGUCACUAAUGAGCAGCAGUACUACCAUUAGAUUGUA